CUCACACACUCCGGAGCAGAGGCACGGAGGAGGAAACACACAGCGAGAGUGAACGAGAGGUUUGGGGGAUCCUUCACUUGGCUUUUUCACUUACAACUCGCUGGAUCUAAAGAUGUGGACUGAAAUCGGGAAGCUGGUGCUAUUGCAUUUGUUACUCAUGGAGCUCCAUUGCGCUAAAGGAACUCAUACGGAGUCGGAGUGUGAAACCGGGCAGUUUCAGUGCAAGAACGGACGCUGCAUCCCGACCCUGUGGAGAUGUGAUGAUGACGACGACUGCUCGGACAGCAGCGACGAAGAGAACUGUCCAAAGAAAACAUGUGCAACCACGGACUUCGCCUGUAAGAACGGACAGUGUGUCCCCGCUAGGUGGCGCUGUGACGGAGAACCGGAGUGUGCAGAUGGUUCAGACGAGGCUGAUGCAAUCUGCAGCCGGCAGACGUGUCCACCGGAGAAGUUUGAUUGCGGAGGGGCGACCAGCAAAUGUGUUUCUCUGUCAUGGCGAUGCGAUGGGGAGAGGGAUUGUGAGAACGGGGCGGAUGAGGACCAGUGCGCCGCAGACGCCAAGGCCUGCCCCUCAAAAGACUUCCAGUGCCGAAAUGGGAAGUGUUUGGCGCCCAUCUACGUCUGCGAUGGCGACGACGACUGCGGAGAUGCCAGUGACGAGGAGAAGUGCUCGGCUCCCACCUGCGGCCAGCACGAGUUCCGCUGCAACGACUCGGAGUGCAUCCCUGCACUGUGGAGCUGCGACGGAGACCCCGACUGCAAGGACAAGUCCGACGAGUCGAUGGAGCGCUGCAGCCGGAGGACGGAGCCUCAGAAACCUCGCUGUCCAGUGGGAGAGUUCCAGUGUGGGAGCGGGGAGUGUGUCCACAUGAACUGGAAGUGUGACGGAGACGCAGACUGCAAGGAUAAAUCCGAUGAAGCAAACUGUCCCCUGCUCACCUGCCGACCCGACGAGUUCCAGUGUGGAGAUGGAUCCUGUAUCCACGGCACCAAGCAGUGUAACAAAGUGCACGACUGUCCAGACUACAGUGAUGAAGCCGGCUGUGUCAACGUUACAAAGUGCGACGGGCCGAGAAAGUUCCGCUGUAAGAACGGGGAGUGUAUUGACAGCAUCAAGGUGUGUGACAACGUCAAAGACUGCAAAGACUGGUCUGAUGAACCAAUGAAGGAGUGCGGCGUGAAUGAGUGUGCAGACAACAACGGCGGCUGCUCCCACAUCUGCAGGGACCGGAGAAUCGGUUACGAGUGUGACUGUCCCUCCGGGUACAAACUGCUGGACAAAAAGACCUGUGGAGACAUAGAUGAAUGUGAGAACCCGGACGCCUGCAGUCAGAUCUGCAUCAACUACAAGGGAGAUUAUAAGUGUGAGUGCUACGAAGGCUACGAGAUGGAUCCGGCGUCUAAGACCUGCAAGGCCGUGGGAAAGAGUCCGUACCUGAUGUUCACCAACCGCCACGAGAUCCGUCGCAUCGACCUCCUGAAGAGCGAGUACGCUCAGGUGGUUCCGACGCUGAAGAACGCCGUGGCGCUGGAUGUCGAUGUGUCCACCAACAAGAUGUUCUGGUGUGAUCUGUACCAUCGGAAAAUAUACAGCGCUUACAUCAACAAGGCCAGCGACUCGUCCGAGCAGGUGACUCUCAUCGACUCGCUCCACUCCCCCGAGGGCCUGGCUGUCGACUGGGUGCACAAGAACAUCUACUGGACCGACUCAGGCAACAAGAGCAUCUCCGUCGCCACGGGAGACGGCAGGAAGAGGAAAGUGCUGAUAGCCACUGAGCUUAGCGAGCCGCGGGCCAUCGCGGUGGAUCCACACCAAGGGUUUAUGUACUGGUCCGACUGGGGAGGCCAGGCCAAAAUUGAGAAGUCUGGGCUGAACGGAGUGGACCGACAAGUUCUGGUGUCGGAACACAUCGAGUGGCCCAAUGGAAUCACUCUGGACUUGUCAAACAGACGUCUCUACUGGGUGGACUCCAAGCUGCACCUGCUGUCCAGUGUGGAUCUGAAUGGAGACAACCGCAAAGUGCUGCUGUCCUCCCAUCACCACCUGGGUCACCCCUUCGCCCUCACUGUGUUCGAGGACCGAGUGUUCUGGACGGACUUGGAGGAUGAAGCGAUAUACAGCGCCAACCGGCUGACGGGACACGAUGUGGCGAAGGUGGCCGAGCACCUGAACAACCCGCUGGACCUGGUGGUGUUUCAUGAACAGAGGCAGCCCAAAGCCCCCGACACCUGUAACAUGGGCAGUCUGCCGAAUGGAGGCUGUGAAUACUUGUGUCUGAAGGCCCCUCAGAUCACAGACCACUCCCCCAAGUACACCUGCGCCUGUCCCGACGGCAUGGAGCUGGGACCGGACAUGAGGCGCUGUGCAGUAGUUCGGCCAAGAACGACCACAACAGCCUCUCCAUCCACCACCACCACUACACCUCCCACCACAACCACUAAAACAAGCCCAACAGCAACUAGCACAACAACUCCCCCUCCCACCGCGACUUCCCCUACGACCACCGCCUCAAGCACGACCACCGCCUCUCCUGCCACGACGCUCAGGCCCACAUCCAGACGUCUGACGACCCCGGCCCCUCCUCAGACGCCCAGGAGAACCUCUACGGAGCAUCCUCGGACUCGCUCAUCCACGAGUACAGAGACGACCACUUUCAAAAGUCAGAGCUCCACUUCCACGCACACACCCCUGCUGGGCCCAGUGGCACCCAAUCAGAGAGAGAGCAACGGCAACCUCUCCCACAGAGCUGCGAGUGAUCACUACCUCAUAGGUAACAACAUCACAGUAGCUGUUCUGGGGAUAGUCAUUCCUAUCGUCCCUAUCCUUGCCACAGUGGUCAUCGGAUUGCUCUGCACCGGCGGCUACCUGGUGUGGCGCAACUGGAGGCGCAAGAACACCAAGAGCAUGAACUUCGACAACCCCGUUUACCGCAAGACCACGGAGGACGACGACGACGAGAUCCACAUCGGGCGGCACAGCGAGUCCAUCGGCCACGUGUACCCAGCACGCGUGGCACUCAGUCUGGAGGAUGAUGGCUAUCCCUGAGGGGGGGGGGGGAUGUAUCCAUCGCCGCCCUCCCUACGUCCUCUCCUUCCCAAUCCCAUCCUGGCCCCUCCUCCUCUCACCACAGCCUCUACAGCACUACAACAAGGCCGGUACAACGCAGAGGAGAAAGACAAGCCUUCUUCCCUUUUUUUAAGGCGCAGGGAUGGCAUGUACUUCUUAUGCCCCCUUGCUUCCUCCUCUUCUUCCUCGACAUUACUACCACUACUAGCCACUUCUAGUUCCCCUAGUUCUAGUGAAUUUGUUGUCCCUGCUUUUGCUCCCCUCUUCUCUCUCUGCCUCUUGUUGUAGCUGUAGUGGUGUGUGAAUUGCUGCUUCAUGAUUUCUGUUCAAACUAACCUCAUUACGGCUGCACAUUGAAGGCUGUCAGGCCAACACAAGGGGAAAUGCUGGAUUUGAUCAUUUUCAAUCCCUCAUAAUAUGACUUUUUAUUUAUUUGUGUGCGUUUGCUAUCAUAAGUAUGUCGUAAAAGUCUCUCAGUGCCGUACAAAAGGCAGACUUCUUCCCAAGGAUACACAGUGGCAAAGGACGAUAUUUUUCUUCCUAGUUCCCUUUACAUCUUGAGUUGACUCAACAGAUAUUUUAAAGGGGGGGGGAUGUCAUCCUUUUUCACGCCCUUCCUCUCAUAUGCGCCCCGUGACAUAUUGUAUGAAGGCAGGCAACACUAAAUAUAGCCAAGGGGAAAGUAGACAGGAAGAAAUUAUGGGGUUGGCAGCAUGUGUGGAGGUGAUUUUGGGGUGAAAAAGUGAUGCAGGAUGUGUGUGUGUGUGUGUGUGUGUGUGUGUGUGUGUGUGUGUGUGUGUGUGUGUUUGUUUGUGUGGGGGAAUAGGAGGAUUUGUGCCACCAGAGGGUAGUGCCUCAGGGCAAAAAGCAGCAGUGCAGAAAAGACAAGGGAUUAUGGGUAAUCCUCUCUCCUGGUGUCAGAGGUGUGCCCACAGUCGAUAAUGAACUUUGGAUUGUUUAUUUGCAGCAGGUGUCAGGAGUCACACAUUUGUUCCUAGUUCUUUGAUGCUGCCAUUAAUAUUUAGGAGAUGGAGCUCCAGAGUGUAACAAAGCAUCUUCCUGAGAUAUGAAAAUGCCCUUUUGAGUUCCUGAAUUUGGAAACUUUCACUGCUGCCAAACAGAGUUGUUAGGUUUGUUUAACCAGUCACCCUACAACCAUUGAUUUCAGCAGCUUCACAGUACUACUCUGUGGGUUCCAUUCCAAAACAAAUGUCUUUUUUUUUUUAGCCCCACUUAAAUCAUGGCUGUGUGUUCUCAAGAGGAGAUGAUGUGGAAAAGAGGAAUCGCUUCCUGCUGUCACUGACUGUUCAGAGUGGAUGUUAAGGGUCCUGUUUUGUUUGAGCAGAUGAGAAAUGCGCCGAGGCUGACUGAGCCGAGCACUGAUUUGAUUUGAAGGCUGGAUAGAGAGGAAACAUGUAAACUAGUGUAAGGAGCUAUCUUCCAUUGGCUUGCCACAAACAAGCUUCCAGCCCGUUUAAUCAGAUAGAAUUCAUUCCCUGAGACAAUGGCAAUAACUGCUUCAAAUGUGUUAACCAAAAGUGAACAUGGCUCUUCUAGCCUGGAUGUUGUUAAAAGCCACAUUUCCAUCAAGAGUUACUCAGGACUAUUAUUCCCAGGAACUUCUUUCAGUGCCUUGAAAAGUUCCUUUAGCCCAAGUCCCUUUACUCUCAUGAAGUGCUACCCCUUUCACCUUUGACUGUAAAAUAAAGUUAUUGGUACUUUAUUUAGUCCCAGGGCUCUGUAGUGUAAACACACUCAGUACCUUACAAUAAAGUCCCAGGUUCUCUGAGAAAGUUCCUGUGGUGGAAAGGCAGCUCUAUUCUCAAGUAAACACAUUUUAAAGCUCCUUUGAGGAGUUUAAAACUUGUGAUAAAACAAGCUGAAAAUAAUUUUGGUGCCUCGUUUUGACCUAUGAAAAUAAAUGAGGCCAGCAGCAUACAGAUUGGUUAUUUCAUUUAUCUUAUGAAACAGCCUCUGUGUUUACAUUUAUCACAGUAAAUAUUCUUGACAGGUAAUGUAUUUGAAAGCACGGAGGAAUUUUUGUUAAAAAAACACUACUUAUAUAUGUACAGGACCAAAUCAGCAAAAAAAAAAAAAAAAAAAAGGUACCACAUCCAUAGGGGCGCCAUAAUCAACACAAACUUAAAGUUCCUCACAGGAGCUUUAAGGUGUGGAGAUGUUAUGUUUUCCAAACUAUACAUGCAACACUGGUCUUCCAUGCUUGGAUAAACACAUCUGAAUAAUUUUGCAUUUCAGCUGAGCUCAACUAAAAAGUGCUUCUGUUUGUAAAAUCCUCACUCUUCUCACACCUCUGAUACGCGAGGAAAAAACUAGCAAAGAAACUCACAGAAUGCAAACAUUUAAGUCUUCCAACACACACUCAAUGUAGACUCAGCAUAUGUCUUCAUCUUAUUAUACAGACAGUCUGUGCAUACAAACAAACAGCUGAUUAAUGGCGCUUAUUAUUCAUGGUUCUCACUGUCUCCCAGAAAGGUUUACUCAGCGUAGAUGCUCCGUUAACCCUCAGGGGAAGAGGAGAGACAAAGACAAAGGUAGGCAGGGAAUGACUGCCAGGAUUUAGACUACACCUGUGAGCAGGUUUGUGCCUGGGAGAUGAAUGGUGGGUCAUUUAUUUUGGUUUCUGCCGAUGUUGUAUCGCAGUACUCAGUACAUUCUCAGCUCAACUUCCUCAAAAAGAACGCCCCCUCCCCCUCUGAGCUUUGCACAGUACGGGGAUUUGUAUGUCAUAUAUGUGAGAGCUGGCAUCUUAGGCACGAAAAUGAUAUUCCUCCCCAGCACUGCACUCCUCUGCAUCUGAGCCCUUUUCCCUUUAACCUUUCAGAGAUGAAACAAAAUAAAAAGCAUUACACAGUGGGGAAGACCGUGACUCAGCUCAGCAUGAUCCUAGACUCGCUUGACAGCACCCUGCAGGGUCUGUGUUUUUUGGCAGAAUUUGGGUAUGAAAAUGUAUAAAUUGACACAGCUACAAUUUGGUCUCUACAGUGAUCUUCUUUUUUAAUAUCAACCCAGCGGUAUGAUGACUAUGUAAAUUGAUUUUUAUUUCUUGAUCAACUUAAAUCAAAGUCCUAAAAGAAAGAUGAAAAUGAUGUAAGAUGCUGAAAAGAGAUGCCCCAGGUCAGAUGUCUUUGUGAAUUUUCGAUGAAAGAAAUCCCAAACACACAGUCAGUUCUGCACUCUGCAGAACUCUGCACUUCCUUCAUGCCCACAUUUGCUGGUGGAGCUCCAUAGUCAGAGUUUGAGAAUAAAUUGCUUAUUUAUUGAGGUGACUGAGCGUGGCAUUGUAGAAAAGUUAUUAUUGCUGCAGUGUGAAGACAGAUUGGCUGGUCCACUUCGAGGCCACCUUGAGAGAAGCUGCUUCUGCUGAAGGACUUUAAAAAGUCCAGAAAGGGACUUUUGACAUUCAUCCUAUAGAAGGAGAAAUUUAGACAUCCCUAUUCCAUAUAUUUAUGUAGGCUACCGCUAAGGAGC